AUGGCUAAUGACGAAGAAACUGAACGACCUGCACCUAAUGUGACUGAAACUCUAAAUCGACCAAUUGUUGAUGCUAGUAGUCCUCUUUACAUGCAUCCUUCUGACAAUCCGGGAAUAGCUUUGGUUCCUGUCCCCUUUGAUGGUUUUGGCUAUCGCUCAUGGAGAAGGGGUGUGAUGAGGUCCCUUUCUGUGAAAUAUAAAUUGGUCUUCAUCAAUGGUGAUUGCAAAAGGCCAGAUCUAGAUUCCUCAAACUAUCGAUUGUGGGAGAGAUAUGAUGAUAUGGUAACUUCGUGGAUUUUGAACUUAUUAGCAAAGGAGAUUGCAGAUAGUGUAGAAUAUGUGACAGAUGCAGUCGAAUUGUGGAAGGAACUUGAAGAUCGAUAUGAUCAAACAAAUGGAACAAAACUCUACCAAAUUCAAAAGGAGAUUAACGACCUAUCUCAAGGAGCACUCGACAUCACUGGUUAUUACACAAAAAUGAAGAAGUUGUGGGAGGAACUCACUACAUUGAUUGCCAAGUCUCAUUGCACAUGCAACUGCACAUGUGGAGCAAAGGAGAAUAUGCACAAGGCAGAGCAGGACAGGAGACUAAUACAGUUCCUUAUGGGACUGAAUGAGGAAUAUACUGUUGUUCGAGGGAGUAUCCUCAUGAUGAAUCCGCUUCCCACAAUUGCACAGGCUUUCUUUCUAUUGAUUCAGGAAGAACGACAAAGGGAAAUCAAGCUUCACAACUACUUAGCUCUUGAGUCAUCAGCCUUGAAUGUUAACACAGGCAGGACAACAUCAUUCAGAACAAAUUAUUCUCCUAACAUCACUCAAAACUAUAGGAAUAGACCCUUCUGUGAUUACUGUAAAAGACCAGGUCACACAAAAGAGAAAUGUUACAAGCUUCAUGGCUAUCCUCAAGGCUCAAAUCAGAAUCAGAAUCCAAACCUCAGUUACAACCAAGCUUCCAAUUUCAAUCAGAACCCAAGGCAAAACAAUAACCAUGGGAAUAAUUCAGGUACAACACAAGGUGCCAGAUUCAAUAGGGGAAAUAGAGGAAUAACUAAUGCUCAUGUAGCAGCCACAGAUACUCAAGAUGCUGGUCAUGAGAACUGUAACACUCAGAAUUUCCAAACAGGAGGAGUGAGAGACAACCUAGACAAUGUUAAUACCUUAUCAGCAAACUUUGCAGGUAUAAUAGCUUGCACCUCCUCUAUUGAUUUUGGGAAACUAUCAUGUGAAUGUUUCAAAAACAAGACUGAUUCAUGGAUUAUAGACUCAGGGGCAUCAAACAACAUGACCUUCAAUAGAUCAUUAGUAACCAAUAUAAUAGCCUUACCUUAUCCCCUGCUUGUUAUUCUCCCAAAUGGUUACAAAGUGAAGGUGACUGAGAUUGGUAGUGUUGCACUUACACCUGAGAUCAUACUGAAUGGAGUGAUGUUAGUCCCUUCUUUCAAAUACAACCUGAUUUCUGUUCAUUCUCUAGCUUCUCAUUUAAAUUGUCUUGUUGCAUUCAUCAAGUUUUGUUGCAUUCUGCAGGCCCCUUCAAUGAAGAGGCCUCUGGUGAUUGGUAGAGUCAAGGAUGGACUCUACAUUCUGUGUCCAAGGUGUUUGAAGAACAACAGCACAGGUCCUAGCCCAAGUGUCACUGAUUUCAUGUUAGCUCCUAUCACUCACUGCACUUGUAACACACAAUGUCCUCUCCACUCUGUUGUGAAUAUAGCACCCCAUGCCAAUAAGUGUGUUCUUUCAUCCUCUAUUGUAAAUAGUCCAAGUGCAGGCAAUGAAAAACAGUUUCCUAUUGAGAAUUCCUUGUCUAAUUACUCUAGUUCUUCUUCUUAUAUGUGUGUUAGAGACCAAGUGGAUGUCUUGUGGCAUAACAGACUUGGACAUGUUCCCUUUGUGAAAAUGAAGAAUAUUGUCUCCCUUCCUGUAACUUUUUCCUCCAAACAACCCUUUAGCUGCACCAUUUGCCCAAUGGCCAGACAAGAGAGACUUUAUUUUCCUCAGAAAACCAACACAACCAAUAAGAUUCUUGAACUCUUGCACAUUGACUUAUGGGGACCAUACCAUGUGCCCACACAUGAAAAAUAUAAGUACUUCAUGACUAUUGUAGAUGAUUUCAGCAGAAGUACAUGGACUCACCUUCUCUCUAGUAAAGGCAAUGCUUAUCAAGUCCUCAAAGGAUUUCUCAAUUUGGUGGAAAACCAAUUUGGAGAAAAAGUUAAGGCUGUGAGAACAGAUAAUGGACUAGAGUUUACUAACACAGAAACAACCAUGCUAUUGCAGUCAAAAGGCAUCAUACAUCAAAGGACCUGCCCUUAUACCCCACAACAAAAUGGGGUAGUGGAAAGAAAAUAUAAGUAUCUCCUUGAGACAGCCAGGACUCUCCUAUUUCAGUCCAAAUUACCCUAG